CAAAUAUGUAUAACAGGGUGAGAGAAACCCUAACCCUCGUCCUCAGCACGUAAGGUAUAAACAUCGGGAGUUCGAAUCAGCAGCAGCGCCGCUCUCAAACUCCUCUGCUCUCUUCGCCUCCGGUUCGAGGGUUGAGUUUUAGGGUUCUCUCUGUGAACUCCCGUCGGACGAUACCAGGGGAGUGCUAUUUGCUUCAGAGAUGGCGUUUGCUGCGAUGAAGCCCGCGAAGCCGGGACUGGAAGAGUCCCAGGAGCAGCUCCACCGCAUCCGGAUCACUCUCUCCUCCAAGAACGUCAAAAAUCUCGAGAAAGUUUGUGCGGAUCUGGUGAGGGGAGCGAAGGACAAGAGGCUGAGGGUCAAGGGACCGGUGAGGAUGCCCACCAAGGUUCUCCAUAUCACCACCAGGAAGUCCCCUUGUGGUGAAGGAACCAACACCUGGGAUCGGUUUGAGCUCCGUGUACACAAGAGAGUGAUUGAUCUUAUGAGCUCUCCUGAAGUGGUUAAGCAGAUAACUUCAAUCACAAUUGAACCUGGUGUGGAGGUCGAAGUGACGAUUGCGGAUGCUUGAUUUUUAUUUAUGUAGAUUUGUUUUCUUGUUCAAGGAUCCUCUAACAAUCAUUUAUCAUUUCGUUAUAUGUUGAGGAAGACUUUUACCAUUUUAGGCUUUUAUUUUUAGCAUGUGGCUUUGGACUCACUCUUGCUGGGAAAAUUUUUUGGAGUUGCCUCUGCUUAUCAUUUUGAUGAUGUUUUGCUUGGGAUGCUCAAUGAGAUAAAUUUAAUUUGCACAAAAGCUUACCAU